AUGCGUCUGUUGGUGUCAUACUUGCAGUCACCACGAGCGUUUUUUUUUCUCGAGCAGGAUGAAGAUGUUCUACUUCUAGCCAAAUCCACAGAGAAAAAAAUGGCGUAUUACGCGUGCCUCAACCUCCCCGCCGACGCCAGCGAAGCGGACCUGCGGAAGCAGUACAAGCGGUUGGCCCGGGAGCGUCACCCAGACAAGAGCCGAGCGAGUUCCGAGCGAGCUGCGACCGCCGAGUUUCAGCAGUUGCGCGCGGCCUACGAGGUUCUGAUCAACCCCCAAACCCGGCGGCUGUACGACGAGCUUUUGCAUUACGCCAACGUGGACGCGGGGAAGCAUAAUGAUGUUGAACAAAACGGGCAGCAAGGUAGUAGUUCUGCGACGACCUACACGUCCGACAUCACAGCUCUGUACCGCGAAUACUUGCAAACGAGUCAGUUCACGGCGAACGACACGACGAAGCUGAUGCGGGUCUGCGAGACCGAGGACCUGGCUGCGGUGUUGGACCUGCUCACGGAGGAAUUUCCGGGCGUAUUUGACACGAAGUUGACGGUUAAUUAUCUUGCGGAAGACGUCGCGUCGCGGUGCAGUUCGCGGUUUAAUAGUAAGGUUUCGGCGUACACGGUUAGUAGUGGCGCCGAAAUGUUGAACGAAAGGAAAAAUAAAGCAAGUUCUGUUGCCAGCAGCACAAAAACAGUGGUUCAGUUGCCGGACGAUUCAGAUUUCGAGAGCAAGCAGAUCUUCAAAGCACAUAGCGAUGCCGUAGAAGUACUAGGUGGCCACGACACGACAAAUGCCGGACUUCCGCCGGACAAAGUAGGGGCUGCCACUUUUUUACCUUCACAGAGCAAAGACCCCCUGACGCACAGUAACACGCAGCUGCUGAAUCCCGCCGAGCAGAAGCGUCUUUUCGACUACGUGAAUCGGCGGUCGGUCGACACGGGCCGCACGGCCCUGCUCUGUGCCAUGCGGAACAAGGACGCGGAGGAAAGAAGGCAGAUUAUUUACCUCCAUAUCAACUGCAAAAGUAUCUCGUACCAGCAGUCGCAAAAUUGCAUGCUGGUGUUUCUUGAUCAGCAUUAUUCUUCCUGGAGCUGGAAAAAUCAUCUGUGACGCAUUUUCUACUAGUACGAGUACGAUGCUUUUACCCUGCACACUCCUCGUGCAGCACCUGAACGCAGACAUCAACGCGGUCAAUGCCGGGGGCUUCACCGCUGCCAUGUUUGCGGCCGGGAUGGACAACACGGUCAAAGACCCGGCGUUGCUGAAUUUGCUGGUGGACCUGGCCGCGGACGUGAACGUGCAGACGAAUUACGGAUUAACCGCCCUGAUGAUCGCCUGCUGCAAAAACCGGCGGAGUAGCAAAACCGCGCACAGUUUUUUCACGUUGCUAAAUGCGAAGGCGGACGUCCGGCAGAUCACAGACGUCGGUUUCGAUGCGCUCGCGUUUGCGGCGGACUAUGGGAAUUACCAGCUGGUGGAGGUGCUGCUGCAGGAAAAAGCGGACGUGAAUUUACAAUACUUUGGAAAGUACAGCCGGACGGCGCUGAUGUGUUCCGCCGCGUUGGGGAACGUGGAAGUGUUGCAGAUUUUGCUGGAUAACAAAGCUGACGUGGAGUUGCAAACGACGGAAAAUAAUGACACGGCGUUGGACUACGCUGGCCGGAGCUUCGACGACGGCUUGAUCGUCCCGCACGGCUUGAGAAACGUGAAGCUGUGGGACGCGCUGCCCGUACCCUGUUUUCCGGCGGAGUUCGUGAAAAGAAAUAGUCCGAGUAGUCCUGCGUCUGCUGCUGGUGUGACGAGAUUGCUCGGGGAGGACGAGGGGAAAAGUCGGGAACUUACUACAGCAAAAGUUUCUUCUCCCAGCACAAUCGAGAUCGACAUUGACGCUGUGCGCCGGAGCCCAGAGUUCCGGCGUUUUUUCGAAGAAAAAUCGGGGCGGUGCUGCAACGCGCCGCUGUUGAUGGCGAUUUUGCGGCGGGAACUGCGGGUUUUUGUGGACGGUGGUGUGUUUUUCGAGGAGGAGGAAGUGGAAGCAAACUCCUCAUUUUCCCAGCCGCAAGGGUCGGGGUCGGAGGAAAUUUUUGUACAGGCACCAAGUAGGAGCUGUACCACGAGAGGGCACGAUGAAGGGGCGGGGCAAGGAGAGGGAGACGCCAGUCAGAAAACCUCGGAUGCACCACCAGACGAUCCUGCGUAUGUGCAAGAACCGGAAUCGCCACGAACACCGAGCGAUGCGGCACCGGGAAAUAAAUCCGAACCAGUUCCUGCUCCACCGAGUCUCACGACGGAACAACGAGGGAAGGAGGAGAGUGCUUCUCCGAGGAUCUCCCAGUCUGGCAGGUAUCCCGAAGUUGUACUUCACCCGGACCGGGCGGAACAAGAGAAAAAUAUCUUCGCUUCAGCUCUCAGUUUGCUGCGCAACCUUGCUUUUGUUUGUCGGUGCGAGAAUGUUGAAAGUGGUCCUCGUAGUUAUCGUGGUGAGCGCAACUACGGUAGUACUGAUAUGAGACCGCCAGACAGAAGUAGGAUGCACAACGCGAGCCAAAUCGUAUCGAU